AUGCGUGCGCGCAUAUUUAUUGGUACCUCGGUAUCUCAGGCGCUAUUGUGGCGCGCGGGCGGCCGCGCUACUUACGCACAACACGUAGAAUUUGUUAGACUCCUGGGAAUAAUUUUAAGAGAAUACACGAGGAUCGGAAACGCGUCAAAUGAAAAUUUAAUGAGUAAAAUGUGGCAAGUGUCAGUAGCAUGCCUGGCAGUGUUGGCGCUGCCGGUGGCUUGCAAGGACCUGGUAGAGGUUCGAGAAGAACUGCCCCAAGCUCAAGAACCAGAUCUCGUGAAUUAUGAUGAUUACAAUCCGUUUGGAGAAGAUGAAAAUGCUAUACUUGCUGAAAGAGACUUCAGUCAAUCGACCACUGCAACUCCGACUCGUCGUCCUCCCGCGCCGCCAACGAGAGUGCCAUCCAGCAGAUGUUUCGACGUAGGCCGAUCGUUCUCUGAAGGGGAAACCUGGAAAAGAGACAACUGCACGCUCUGUCAGUGUUACAACACUCGUGUCAAUUGUUCUGUAUUGCCAUCUUGUCUUAUAAGUCCGAGUACAGUCCGUCCACCAACGCCUUUGGUACCGCCUCAAUCUCCACCAGUUCGUGGCAUGACUGGGGACGCUGGGCCCGACGGGCCUCCCGGACCCCCAGGGACCCCUGGAGUUAAUGGGAUCCCUGGAGCACCUGGCAUCCCAGGGCCUGUCGGGCCAAUGCCUGAUGUAAACGCCUACCUGGCUCAGUUAGCGGCGGCCGCCGGUGGUGAUAAAGGUCCUGCCUUCGAUCCAUAUCAUUACAUGCAAGCACCUGUGGGAGUUCCGGGGGUUAGAGGAAUUCCAGGGCCUCAAGGUCCACCCGGCCCUCAAGGAUUCCAAGGCCCCCGAGGUGAACCCGGUGAGCCUGGAUUGCCCGGACCACCAGGAGUUGCUGGUGAGAGAGGUCCUCAGGGACUGCCCGGGAAAGAUGGAUCACCGGGAGAAGAUGGGGAGCCAGGUCCAGCCGGAGCUAUCGGUCAGACAGGUCCACGAGGUAGUCCGGGGAUACCCGGUAUUCAAGGAUUGAAAGGACAUCGCGGCUUUGACGGCAAGGAUGGUGCUAAGGGCGAACAAGGAUUGCCCGGAGAAAAGGGCCCUACUGGCCUACCUGGACCUAUGGGACCGACUGGACCCGCGGGCCCUGUUGGACCGAGAGGCGAAAGAGGUCGUGAAGGUCCUGCUGGAGUUCCGGGGAUAAGAGGAGUUGAUGGGGCGCCAGGUUCACCGGGACUUAUGGGUAAUAUCGGAAAGCCGGGCGCACCUGGUUUUCCUGGAUCCCCCGGCUUGAAGGGCGAACAAGGAGCAGUUGGGCCGAAAGGCAGCCAAGGAAUGCAAGGUCCACGAGGAGAACCGGGUCGUAAUGGUCAGUCAGGGGAAGUGGGUCCCCCGGGUCUAGCUGGUAGAGAUGGCACGCCGGGAGAAAAAGGAGUACAAGGUCAAACAGGCGCCGCUGGACCUCAAGGAUUUCCGGGACCUCGUGGUACGCCAGGAGUAGCCGGUGAUCCCGGGUUACCAGGGACGAAGGGAAUGCCAGGUCAACCGGGAGAUAGAGGCCCUAAGGGUGAAAUUGGCUUAAGAGGUGAAAUUGGCGCACCAGGUCCACGUGGUAUGCCAGGAAGCGUUGGACCUGAGGGUAAAAGGGGGAAAAGAGGUUUGAGAGGACCACCGGGAAACUUAGGACCACAAGGAGAUAGAGGAUUACAGGGAUUAAGAGGUUUGAAUGGCGCUGACGGUCCAAUGGGUCCAAAAGGUCAAGCCGGGGAAAGAGGAGCAGUUGGUCUCCCAGGUCCAAAAGGCAGUACCGGCGAUAUUGGCAGACCUGGACCUCAAGGACUUCUCGGCCCCAGAGGAUUUAUGGGCAGACCAGGCAUCCCAGGUAAAUCUGGUCUACCUGGCGAAAGAGGCAUACCUGGUGCAGAUGGAAGGCCUGGGGAACAAGGACUACAAGGACUUCAAGGUCCACCUGGCUUAAUUGGAAGUCCUGGCGAACGUGGUUUGCAGGGUGAACAUGGUAAAGAUGGCGAUGUUGGUCAACCUGGAGCCCCAGGUGCUAAAGGAGACGCCGGUCGAGACGGCAGUCCAGGAAGUCAAGGACCGCAAGGCCCCGUCGGUGCAACUGGAGAACGCGGUCCUAUAGGGCCUGCUGGACCUACUGGUUUUCCUGGUUUACCUGGAACACCUGGGUCUCCAGGUCCUGCAGGUAAAGAUGGAGAACCAGGUGUGUCCGGACCUGCUGGACCACCAGGAGCUACAGGACAAAGAGGUGAAAGAGGUUUCCCAGGAGAAAGAGGCAGUCCUGGACUACCAGGUGUUGCAGGAGAAAAGGGUGAAGCAGGUGCUCAGGGUCUUGAUGGUCCACCGGGCCCGGAAGGUCCUCGUGGAAGUAAGGGACAUCCAGGACCAAUGGGCACUAUGGGAUUACCAGGAAUUCGUGGUUUGUCCGGUUUGCCAGGUGAAAAGGGGGAGAGAGGAUCUUCAGGACCACAGGGUCCAGAAGGGCCGGCAGGUCGCCAAGGAGAGCAAGGACCUCAAGGUCCUAUAGGUCCUGCUGGACCACCUGGAGAGCCGGCUGAAAGAGGUGAACCUGGAACACCUGGGAUGCCAGGAGAACCAGGAGCACCGGGGUCCACAGGAGAACGGGGUCACCCUGGACCACAGGGCAAUAACGGUUUACCUGGACCUCCAGGAUUAACAGGCAUGCCAGGCUUAAAAGGAGAUAGAGGCUAUGCAGGCCCCAAAGGACAACAAGGAGCUCAAGGAAGUCCAGGGAUUUCUGGUGAACCGGGACAACGAGGUCUUCCAGGGCAACCUGGAGCUAAGGGUGCUCAUGGAGAGCAAGGACAUAAAGGUGAAAUUGGACGUGCUGGCUUACCAGGGAGGCCAGGUGACAUGGGGCCGCAGGGUCCUCAAGGAAGCCCGGGUCCUGCAGGAGCUCCUGGUAUACCAGGCGCUAAAGGGUCCACUGGAGAUACUGGACGGUCCGGACCACCUGGACCUCAAGGGUUAACCGGACCACAAGGACCAGAAGGUCCAAAAGGUGAAAGAGGAGCUGAAGGAGAAACUGGACCACAAGGACAGCAAGGUCCGCCGGGACAGGCUGGAGAAAGAGGGCCAAGUGGAUUACCAGGUCUAACUGGGGCGCCAGGACCACAAGGCCUAAGAGGAGUGCAGGGAGAAAGUGGAGUUCCGGGUAAACCAGGAGCUGACGGUGCCCCAGGUCCCAUAGGUGCCCCUGGACCACAAGGAAUGACUGGUCCAAUGGGGGAGCCUGGACCGGAAGGUCGUCCUGGCAAGCUAGGUCAGCCUGGUAUUCCAGGGCGGCAGGGUGAAAAAGGUCCUAUGGGACAACCAGGACAAUCUGGCCCACCAGGUCCUCCAGGCGUACAGGGACCUCCAGGUUCCUCCGGACCUCCUGGUGCCACUGGAGAAAGAGGACCUAGAGGAGAAAGUGGAUCUCCUGGAAUAGAAGGACCUCAAGGUCCAUCUGGGAAGCAGGGCCCGCCUGGCCUGGAUGGUAUUAAGGGUGAGCGAGGAGAAAACGGCGCUGAUGGACCUAAAGGUCACGCUGGAUUGCCUGGACUCCCGGGUAUGAUAGGUACUCCAGGAAGACAGGGCGACAGAGGUUUACCAGGUGCCAUGGGACCGCCAGGAAAGGACGGAGACGCUGGACCGAGAGGACCACCUGGCCGUGAUGGCAGUCCUGGACCUCAAGGGCCGUUAGGUCCUCCAGGAGGUCGUGGUCCUCCAGGAGAGCCUGGACGUCACGGAACAAUCGGACCGGUCGGACCUCCUGGACCUCCCGGACCUCCUGGAGAAGGAUUAGCAUAUGAUGCUGCCGCUAUUGCUGCUAUGCUUCAACAAGGAACGGUAAAAGGUCCGGAUCCAAUGGGCGAUGAUCCUAACAUAAUGCCGCCAAGGUUCUUCAAAGAAGAUAUGUCACCAGAAGAGAGGAAAAGUAUUGUUAUGAAAGCGUACGAAAGACUCAAAGUUUCUCUGGACAAAUUCUUAAAACCUGACGGCUCUAAGGAAGCACCAGCCAAGACAUGUGGGGAUAUCAAAUACCAUCAUCCUCAAUUUGAAAGUGGUCAAUACUGGAUAGAUCCCAACGGUGGUGAUAUUAAGGAUGCGAUUUUGGUACACUGCGAUUUAAGUACUGGCGCUAGCUGCGUAUUUCCAAAGCCAAUGAUGUCAGAGGAACUCGUCCACUCCGAAAGAAACGAGGCGUGGUUAAGUGAGAUGGAUAAUGGAUUCGCGAUAUCUUACAAAGCGGAGCACAGUCAGCUGACAUAUCUGCAACUGCUAUCAGUGAAAGCGGUACAGAAUAUAACACUUCAUUGUCGAAAUAUUGUUGGCUACUAUGACCCUGCUACUAGGAACUACAAACAUGGCUUGAAACUACUGGCUUAUAAUGAUGCAGAGAUCCUUCCUAAGGCCAAUAAUAGACUGCGAUAUAAGGCUUUAAUAGAUGAGUGUCAGUUUAAAUCUCAAGAUUGGUCCAAAACUAUAAUCCAGUAUGAGACGGAUAAACCAGGCCGGCUGCCAGUGUUGGAUGUGGCUGUAAGAGACCUGCCCAGAACAGACCAGGCUUUCAAGAUUGAACUAGGACUGGCUUGCUUUACUUAA